AUGUUUUGGCUCAUUGGGCUCUUCUGUCCCGGACUGUUCGACGGCUGGUCCUGCUGGUUCGACACACCCGCGGGCGUCACCGCCCACGCGCCGUGUCCCGACUUCAUCACCGGAUUCGAACCUAACCGGACGGCGCACCGCCACUGCGAGAGCAACGGCACGUGGUUCCGGCACCCGGAGACGGGCGCCGGCUGGUCCAACUACACCACCUGCGUCAACCUGGACGACCUCAACUGGCGGACGCAGGUGAACCUGGUGUACGUCGCCGGCUACUCCGUGUCGCUGGUCGCUCUGGUCAUCGCGCUCGCCGUCCUCUCCUACUUCAAGUCGCUGCGGUGCGCGCGCAACACGCUGCACACGCACCUGUUCGCGAGCUUCGCGGCCAACAACGCGCUGUGGCUGUCGUGGUACGGCGCGGUGGUUCCGCGGCCCGCCGUCGUGUUCGCCAACGGCGCGGGCUGCCGGCUGCUGGCGGCCGCGCUCAGCUACGGCCUGCUGGCCAGCUACACGUGGAUGCUGUGCGAGGGCCUCUACCUGCACACGCUGCUCGUCGCCGCCUUCGUGUCCGAGGCGCGCCUGGUGCGCGUGCUCGCCGGCCUCGGCUGGGGGCUGCCCGCCGCCCCCGCGCUCGCCUACAGCGUGCUGCGCGCCACCGACGCCGACCCCGCCGAGAGCGGCCAGUGCUGGAUCAACGACAGCAAGUACCUGGCGGUGCUGGUGGCGCCCGUGUGCAUCUCGAUGGCGCUGAACCUGCUCUUCCUGUGCAACAUCGUGCGCGUGCUGCUCACCAAGCUGCGCGCCGGGCCGCGCGUCGGCUCCAGCCGCCCCUCCAGCACUCUGCUGCAGGCGCUGCGUGCGGCGCUGCUGUUGGUACCCCUGCUGGGUCUGCACUACCUGCUGACGCCGUUCCGGCCCGAGAAGGACCACCCCUGGGAGAAGGCCUACGAGCUCAUCUCCGCCGUCACCGCCUCCUUCCAGGGCCUGUGCGUGGCAACGCUGUUCUGCUUCUGCAACGGCGAGGUGCUGGCGCAGGUGAAGCGCAGAUGGCAGCACCUCAUGUUCCGACCACGCGCCAACUCGUGCACGGCCACAACGGUUUCGGUACGUCAGGUUAGGUUAGAUCCACUUCACUACUAA